AUGGCUGGCGAGCCGCCGUCCCCGGCUGAAGAGCCUGGUGCUACUAACGGAUGUGAGCAAUGCAAAGAUUUCCACCCGGCUCCCGAGAUCGAAGGGGAAACUCCCAUGGGAUCAGAACGGACGGAAAUGCGGAAGCGGCAGACAUCUGCGGCCCAGGAGACACCCAGCUCCACAGAGGCCCAGCCUGAUGAAGGAAAUCGAGGUUCCAACGCCUGCUGCUUCUGUUGGUGCUGCUGUUGCAGCUGCUCUUGCCUUACUGUAAGGAAUCAAGAUGAGAGAACAAGAGCAGCAUCACAUGAACACAGAACAGACACCAUUCCAGAUUCUGAAGAAAGCUCAACUCCUACUCUGGAAGAUGUUAACACCUGGGCUCAAUCAUUUGACAAAUUAAUGAGGACACCAGCAGGAAGAAAUGCUUUCAGGGAGUUCCUCCGAACAGAAUUCAGUGAAGAAAAUAUGCUUUUCUGGAUGGCCUGUGAGGAACUAAAGCGAGAAUCCAACAAAAAACAAAUUGAAGAGAAAGCAAGGCUAAUAUAUGAAGACUAUAUUUCGAUCCUUUCUCCAAAAGAGGUCAGCUUGGACUCUAGAGUAAGAGAAGUUAUCAACCGGAAUAUGCUGGAACCAUCACAACAUACUUUUGAUGAUGCUCAACUCCAGAUUUACACUUUAAUGCUCAGAGACUCCUACCCGCGGUUUAUGAACUCUGCUGUUUAUAAGGACUUAGUUCAGUCAGUCUCUGAGAAGUCUGCUGAAGCAUAGAAAUUAAUGUAUU